CAGCGAUCUGCCCCGCUCCUGCCGCCUGCCGCCUGCCCCUCCAUGAUACGUUGGCUGCGCCUCCAAUUUACAUACCUCAGCCUCACGAGCUCAGCCACGAGAUCCCUCUUGCAGCCUGAACAGCAUCUGAAGUCUCACUUCUGCACGUAUCUGGUAUCACGCGCACUUUCCUCCUCAUUCCUGCAGCCUCAACUAGUACUUAUCAUCACCGAGCAUCUCCUUACUCCAAGAUCCCUCUCCAACACACGUCGCACAGUUGUGAUACGUGCCCGCACAGGCUUCCGAGCGUACUUGUUACAAAUCGCGCCUACAACGAAGCUCCACGUCACCUGUAUUGCGCCUCGAAGACUGUUGUGCGACCCAUCUUGCAUGGAAUCCAGAACGAACACUGUGGAUAGACAUUCACACCAGUCUUGCGCACCCAUAAAGCCUACAUCAGUCCUACGAGUUUCUGGUAUUCACAAACACCAACAUUGAACGCGCCAGAGAGUACUAAACAUCAUGUGCCGGUGGUUCGCAUACAUUUCACCAACGGAGCCGUGCCUGCUCUCCGACGUCCUCAUCACACCAGACAACAGCAUCAGCAAGCAAUGCUCUGAGCACUAUCUCCCGAAAUUACUGCCACACAACGAGGAAAAGGAUCUGGAUGACUCUCCAGAUGAGCUGAUGCGUAUGCGCAACUCUUUACUGAACAUGGACGGGCUUGGCAUUGCUUGUACGUACUACAAUACCUCCUUAGAUCGUCGUACGCGUUCUCUAUCGUAUGGCGGCACGGCACCGAUGUUCACAG